GUUGUGCGACAACUUGUCGGUUUUUCGUCGUGCUCCGCGACGAAUUAACGGGGAGAGAGAGAGAGAGAGAGAAGGAGAGAUAAAGAUAGUAAGAAAGAGAACUAGAAAAAAAGAAGGGAGAACGCAAACGGCUACGACGCGAGUAGUCGCCGCCGCUGCCACCGCCGCCAGCGACAGUCUCAGGAAAAUACGCUCGCCCUUCACUCGCCAUUCGUGUUUCCGCGGCUGCAAGAGCAACAGACGCUCCACGCAGACGUCGCCGUUCCGGGCGGUUAUCCAGAGCGGCAGCCGGUUUGGACGUGUCGUUAGUGCAUCGUACACACAUCACGCACGUGCAAUACCGAGUCGAGUCGUCGCGCGUCCCCCGCAUUACACACGCAGACACCACGCAUACGCACGAGCGCGCGCGUACCGCCCAGUGUCUCUCGGGAUCGCGGAGCGAGGAUUCGAGGAUAUAUUCGCGCAGCAGAGAGCAACAGCAGCAGCCGCGCGUGAGAGUGGUGGUAUAGUGAAGCGCGCGCGAGACGGGAAUAUAGUGACUACACGGGACGUAGCCGAGCGGAAAGGAAGAUGAGCAAAACGUGCGCCCGCUGCGAGAAGACGGUGUACCCGAUCGAGGAGCUCAAGUGCCUCGACAAGAUAUGGCACAAGCAGUGUUUCAAGUGUCAGGGUUGCGGAAUGACCCUGAACAUGCGGACGUACAAGGGUUUCAACAAACAGCCGUACUGUGAGGCACACAUACCAAAAGCCAAAGCCACCACGAUGGCGGAGACACCGGAACUGAAGCGUAUCGCUGAGAACACGAAGAUACAGAGUAACGUGAAGUAUCAUGCCGAGUUCGAGAAGGCGAAGGGCAAGUUUACGCAGGUCGCGGACGAUCCGGAGACCCUUAGAAUCAAGCAGAAUAGCAAGAUUAUUUCGAACGUCGCUUAUCACGGCGAGCUCCAGAAGAAGGCGAUCAUGGAGCAGAAGAGGACGAUGACCGGGGAGAAUGGGGAGCAGAUAGAGUACGUAGAGUACACAGACGGUACUAUCGCUCCUGCAUCGAGUAUAAACGCCAAUCCGCCGCCUGCAAGGACGGCGAAUUCGCCGGUGCAGAGGACACCAGGUAGGAUCGCCGAUUACGAUCCGCUUAGCGAGGCGAGGCCAAGCCCGUAUUCCGCAAGGCAAGCCGCCACCACUGUCAUUUAUACGAGCGACAAGGGACCAGUGACGAAUCCACCGACACGGAAAAUCGGCUCGGUCGCCGACAUCGACCCGGUGAACGAGUAUUACGGAUCGCUGACGCCAGCCACGAACAACAAUCAUGUCUCUCAGCAUCAACCACCGCCGCCACCGCCUUCAAACGUCGGGCGAGUGUACAGAGCGAUAUAUGAUUACGAGGCGCAGGAUCUGGACGAGGUGAGCUUCUACGAUGGCGAUCUGAUCGUCAACUGCACAGCCAUCGACGAGGGCUGGAUGACCGGGCUGGUGCAGCGUACCGGGCGGCAGGGUAUGCUACCCGCCAAUUACGUGGAGCCGGCGCAGAUUUGAACGUCUUUUACGUCGAGCUUCCGCUAAAUCGUCGCCGCCGCCGCCGCCACCGCAGCCACCACUUGGCUCGGGGCGGUCUCGCCGAAGGAAGAGACGGCGUUAAAGGAAAUACACGAUACAAUACUCUCGAGACAGGGCUUCUAAAUACUUGACUCUGGUCACUUGCGAGGUUAUUCGUUCGGUCGAAACGACGAGUGGUGUUACGUUGUCUGUAGUCUGUAGAAUUGAUUUCCUCCAAGUCGAUAGAAAACAAUUGGGCGAUUUGUUUCAUCUCGACACAAAUUCAUUCGUAAAAUUUGUUUGGACAAAGUCUAGUAUUUCACUCUCAAAGUACGGUGAAUGGAAAAAAAGAUUCGCCCUUUGGGAAUUUCGAAUUUCUCUCGUUGCUCACGAAUGCUCGAGGAGAAAGAUGUGUUACGCGUGAGUAUUCGAGAGAGAGAAGGAAAGAGAGACUCGACACAAGUACCCUCGCAAUUGACUUCCAAAAUGACAAAAUAUACGUAUAGUUUUUUUAUAUACAUAUACAAAAAAACACAAAUACACUUACAUUAGAAUUCCAUGGUGGGACCAAACUCCAUACAACUGCGAUAAAUUGUGCCGAGUGUAGAAUAAAAACUGGCUGACGGCUUGUGGAGUGAGUUCACGAGUCCCGGUACGAACGACAAUCAGAGAAAGAAUUGAACAGAGAGAAUGCGCGUCGUACUCGCGAUGCAGAAUUGUUGUAUAAAGCGUCUUGUUUUUUUUUUCUUUUUUUCGUUAUUAUUCGGCGUUGAGUCGGAAAUCGCUCGAUCGGCAUUUCUUCGUCUCGAUGUUCCCUCUUUGAGGCCUAAACGUAUUUAUAGUUACGAGUUACGCGAAGUUGGAAGACGGAAACGUCAAAUCGGCCGAAUCACCGGAAUUGUCGUUCCAUCGAGUUCGCGUGUUUGUUAAUCAUUUCUCUUUACCGGUGUGUGAGAAUUUUACGUUACCUGUUAUCCGAUUGCAAACUCUAACGCGUCAGUCAGAUUUUCCAUAUUCCUGAUCGUUCUGCAUUUACAGCCGCUACAUUCUUCGUCGUCUUCGCAAUAUCGUUCUCUAGUUUUCUUACCUUGUUUUUUCUCUUCUUCUCUCUUCUAUUCUUCGGGGGAUGUUCACAGAGUACUACCUUAGCCGUGAUAAUCCAAUUUCUCCUCUAACGAUAACGAAAACGUAGGAACAAAUUUUCCUUCGCGUUUCUCAAUCGGGAGAAAACGACGCAAUGUGUGCCUUACGUAUACAGGCUGUUAAUUUUAAUAGCGAUACGAAGUUCUUUAAUUGUAAUAAUGUAGAGAUACACGAGAGAUCGCGUCGGGAUAAGCGUAUCCAAGAAAGCACGAGUAAAUAUUUAUCAUGCGAGGAUAUCCUAUUGUGAUAUCGCAGAAGCGUAUUUUGACUUGUUUUUUACGCAGAUAAUUUUGAGAAUGAAAUCAUUCGCGAGAUAACGCGAGGAACAUAAGUGCCUUGCUUUCUUUUCCUCUUUUUAUUUGUCUUUUCUUUUUUUUUUAACCGCGAUCGUCAAAUUAAAUCGGUCAUCGUCGAUAUCAUCUCAUUAAACGACAAUUAACCGACAUUUACUGCAUAGCUCUUAAGUUUUCUUUUUAUCUCGUACGGUCCACUUUUUGUAAGCUUCGCUCUCCAAAAUUUGCAUUUACGUAUAUUUAUUAAAUGUAAGCUACAUCAUCCGGCGAAUCUGAGGUUACCGAGCGAUUCUUUUCAAAUCGUUGAAUUGAAGUGAAAAUUUUCAAGUGCUAAACAAUGUCGUCGGCCGCGUCGUUUCAGUGCAUGCAAGCGUGCACGACAAGGCCGAUCUUGUGAGACAGCUUCUCUCCGAGCCUGCUUUGUCGUCCGUUUUUAUUUAUUUUUUUUUUUUUUUGUAAUAACUUCAAAAUGAUGGCGGCUUUAAAUUAACGCGGUGUAAGAAACGAGACGUGCGCUGCCGUCACGGGGUGCUUCCUGAGAGUUCGUCUUGCUCCUCUCCUUCUUUUAGCAAACGCUAUUGUGUCUCCAAAUCGUUCGAUCAUGAUAUCUGAAUCCAAGUGGUUCCUCAGAUGCAACAUCGUAUCUACAUUGUAUUUACCUGAAUAGAGACGGAUUAUAUUAUAUUAUUAUAUGCACCGUCGCUGCGCGACGCGCGACGGCGCCCGGCAACGAAACGUAUGUAAAGCUGUUGUUGUAGUAAAGUAAAACUCGUUGCUCCCGCGCGUCCGUAGCGGGCGCGUCGUCGCCGCCGGCGGGGCACGUUUUAUUAUAUACAAGCGAAGAGAAUCGAUAUUUUUGGAAACACGUUAAUUCAGCACUCCCUGUAAUUAUUAGAUCGCUGACGAAAGAGGAUUUUACGGCAGAUUUUUUUUCACUGCGACAAAAUACAGAAUUAUAUGUUAGCGUUGUGUUUAGACAGAUAAUAUUCUAUUAUGAUAUCGAAUCAUAAAUAAUGAACAUGUGUACGUUAUGUAAA